AGUGAUACAUAUAAGCGGGCGCGAGGCCAUAUCUCAUCCCGCCGGGCAGCGCUGGCAGUUCGUGCCCAGGUGAGCCAAGGCGGCAGCGGGUGCCAGUGCCCUGCAUGGCGUGGUGGGGGAAGGUGCGUCUCGCGAGAGAAGUGAGAGCGUGAGGGCGGCCAUGAGGGACAUCAUCAGCGUCCGGGCUCUGUCGGCCCUCCAGAAGAAGAGGCGCCUGGUGAAGCGCGGCGACGAAAUACUCACGUCGAAGCCCUUCUGCUUCGUGCUCGAAAACUCCGUGAUCGGCCAGUACUGCGAGACGUGCCUGGCCACGGCGAGGAAGGAGCGGCUGCUGUCGCGGUGCAAGGGAUGCUGGCGCGCGUGGUACUGCAGCGACAUCUGCCGCGACCUCGGCGAGACGCAGCACCGCCACGAGUGUCAGCUGUUCCGGGACAGGCCCGACUACAGGCCCAAGGACUUCGCCAGGUUCCUCGCCAGGCUCAUCAGGAAGCUCAAGGAAGGAGGCGAAGAUGUCGUCGAACGAAUUGAUGCUCGGAGAAGCCGGCGCUUCAGAGACCUGAUGAGCCACAGUAAGGAGAUCGAGAAGGACCAGAAGCGGCUUGAUUACCUGGCGGAGAUGAUGCCGGACCUGCAGGUGCUCCUCGGGAAGUCCAAUAUCCCCGAGCGCGAGGAACUCAUUCAGAUCUUCGGGAAGGUGAUGGUGAACAGCUUCUGCCUGCUGGACCACCACCUGAAGCCCGUGGGGACGAGCCUGUACCUGGCGGCGUCCAUCUUCGACCACUCCUGCGCGCCCAACGCCUUCGUGUCGUUCGUCGGGAGCAAGCUGGUGGUGCGGACGCUGGUGGAGUGGCCGGAGCUCCACCUGGACAUGGUGCACAUCAGCUACCUGGACACCAUGAACUCGCGCGAGCACCGCCGGACCUUCCUGCAGGACAGCUACUACUUCGCCUGCGACUGCCGCCUCUGCCGGGACGAGGAGCACGCGCGCACGGCCUCCUCCAUCAGAUGCCGCUCGAAGGCCUGCGGCACCCCCGUGCAUGUGGACGAGAGCGGCACGGGGUGGGUGGACCCCUGCGGGGCGUGUGGAUUCUGCAAGUUCCCGCGGGGCGUCGCCUACGAGUACAUCGAGGUCGCCGAGUACACGAGGGCGGAGCUGGCGGACCUCGACGAGGAGAAUCCCAUUCGGCUGCGCUGCUCUGUCCUUAUUUGCCUUAACCCGCGACCUGGCCUGGAGGUGUGGCGCGACGUGACGGAGGCGCAGGGGGCCCUCCUGCACCCGCUCAACCUGUGGCGCAGCAAGAGCCUGGAGGCGCUCGUCACCGCCUCCGUCAACAUGCGGCAGUGGAGCGCCGCGCUCGCCCCCGCGCGCGAGAACGAAGCGGCCAUCAGGCACUACUACGGGCCCAAACAUCCCUACGUCGGCCUGUACCUCAUGAAGCUCGCCAAGAUCGAGCUCAACAAUAUGGAGUGGCACCCCGCCCUCGAGCACUUGCAAGAGGCCGAGGAGAUCCUCGAGGCAGGCCUGGGCUCCAACCACCCGCUGGUGUUCGUGGACCUGACGUGGCUGCUGAUCCAGGCGAGCGAAGAGUGCCGCGUCGACAUCCAGCGCUCGCUCAUGUACGGCCGAGCGCAGGCCACGUCCGCCGCCGGCCGCUCGCUCGCCGCCAACCGCGGCCGCAGCUGAGCCGGAGGCAUUGGCUGCCGCGUCCGGAGGCGACCACUUUCCUUUUAAUGUGAGCUCCUGCCAGGGAAUAAUACAAGUAGGAUACGGGUUUUCAUUACGCUCUCACAACACCGGCUUUGAGAUUAGGGGUCGGGAAAAGCCUCGCGCCUGAGGCGGGGUAGUUGCACUAGCCGUUAGUUAGGAGUUCCACGAGGCCGAUCUCCAAGGCAUCCUCUCACCUGAAUUGGGACAGUAGAAAGUCUGCGUUUCACACCCGCCCCGUUUGCUUAGUACAGGACGCCUUAGCAUUGUGCUAAAAACGACUAGCAUGUCUGCGCAGUGAAAGAGUCUGCAAUACCAGAUGCCUGCUCUUCGAAUCGAAAUCAAGAAGAACAAGAUAUGCACCACAUUCUCUUGCUGCCCUUUUUAAAUCAGUCAUUCACAAGAAAUUAAAAUCAUCCUGACUUCACUGUGAUGUACUUUGAAAAUAAAGCUUAUAACUUA